AAGCACUAAGCAUUAGAAAAAGCAAAUAAAAAACCAUUAGUUCUCGGCAAGUGGAAGAUUUCUGCAGAAGAGGACGUCUAGAGAUUGGAAUUAUCCAAUCCCUUCCUCUAUUUCUCUUUCUCACUAAGUCCAACGAUACGCAGACUACCAUCAUCAUCAAAAUCCCAGUUUUUGUAGAUUGGUUUAGGGAAGGGUUUUGGGGUUUCUUCUUUGUCUGAGGGGUAACUAAGGAGUUGACGACGAUGCUGAUUUAUGGAGAGUAGAGCAGUUCGGACUGGUGCAGAAGAUGAGACGGGAGCAGCAAGAGUGAUGCCGAGCUUUGAUUCUCAAUUACCUAUUUCCAAUGCACUUUGCACAGAGGGAAAUACAAUCCAUUCUUUUCGCAUUUCUGAUUUCGGGACAUUUGAGCAGUCAGUUGGAUUUCGCCUAGAGAAUACUGCUGACCUGAGUGGAAAUACUUUGUUUAGUUCUACUAAAGUAAGUACUCAAGCGGUUGCUUCUGAUCCCCUUCAUAUUGGCACUUCCGAUAAGUCACCAACUUCACGUGAUAUAAAUCCAUCUUCAUUCCGAGGGGAGCGUCAAAGGUUGCCAUUGGAAAAGGGUCAACCAUCAAAUCUGGUUUCUAUAUCAAGUGGUAAUAUAGAGAACUGGGAAGAGUCCAACAUGGCUGAUGGCAGUCCUAGGACUGAUAUCUCAACAGAUGUGGAUACAGAUGAUAAGAAUCAGAGGUUUGAUAGUGGUCAAUCUCUUGCUAUUAUUGCGGGUUCUGAUUCCAGUGACAGGUCAAAGGAUAAAUCAGAUCAGAAGACUCUCCGGAGGCUAGCUCAAAAUCGGGAGGCUGCAAGGAAAAGCCGAUUGAGAAAAAAAGCGUAUGUCCAACAGCUCGAGAGUAGUCGUUUGAAGCUGACCCAGCUAGAGCAGGAGCUGCAACGAGCAAGACAGCAGGGAAUCUUCAUAUCAAGCUCUGGAGACCAGGCCCAUUCAAUGAGUGGAAAUGGAGCCAUGGCAUUUGAUGUAGAAUACGCAAGGUGGAUGGAAGAGCAAAAUCGACAAAUUAAUGAACUGAGAUCAGCCGUCAAUUCCCAUGCAAGUGAUGCAGAGCUACGUAUCAUUGUUGAUAAUAUCUUGGCGCAUUAUGAUGAGAUUUUUAGGUUGAAGGGUAUGGCAGCCAAGGCUGAUGUUUUCCAUUUGUUGUCUGGCAUGUGGAAAACACCUGCUGAGAGGUGUUUCUUGUGGCUUGGUGGUUUUCGUUCGUCUGAGCUCCUGAAGCUUCUUGUAAAUCAAUUGGAGCCUCUUACAGAGCAGCAACUGAUGGGCAUUACCAACUUGCAGCAGUCUUCCCAACAGGCGGAAGAUGCAUUAUCUCAAGGGAUGGAAGCAUUGCAACAAUCCCUGGCUGAUACAUUGUGUAGUGGAAAUCUUGGUUCCUCAGGUUCAUCUGGGAAUGUAGCAAACUACAUGGGUCAAAUGGCCAUGGCCAUGGGUAAGCUAGGGACCCUUGAGGGGUUCAUUCGCCAGGCUGACAAUCUCCGGCAACAGACGCUGCAACAAUUGCACCGUAUAUUGACAACACGCCAGUCCGCCCGUGCUCUCCUUGCGAUAAACGACUAUUUCUCCAGGCUACGUGCUCUUAGUUCCCUCUGGCUUGCCCGCCCAAGAGAGUGAAAACCUUAUUCUCCAAAGCUAAUUGGUAAAAGUAUGGAUCCUGAAAAAAAGAAAAAAGAAAAAAAAUUCUCACUGUCAAUUUGACCCUCUAAUCCAGUACUGGUGGUACUUGGUCAUCAUUACAAUUUUCUUGUGCUGUAGUCGCAGAAUUCAGGUGUAUCAUGUAUCAGUAUUGCCUUGUUCAUCAUAUUUAAGUCAUUGUAUGAUCUAGAAAUGUUAUUGCUGAUGAGCUACAUGUAUCUUGUUUGUUAUCAAUAAUAAUGUUAUUAUUUAUGCCAUGUAAGUGGAAUUUUUGAAA